AUGUUCCUGACGCGCUCGGAGUACGACCGCGGGGUCAACACCUUUAGCCCAGAAGGACGGAUCUUUCAAGUAGAGUACGCAAUCGAGGCCAUCAAGUUGGGCUCGACAGCGAUCGGGAUUCGCACGAAGGAGGGCGUUGUGCUUGCGGUGGAGAAGCGCAUCACGUCGCCGCUGCUGGAGCCCAAGUCGAUCGACAAGGUCGUCGAGAUCGACGCGCACAUCGGCGCGGCGAUGUCGGGCCUCACCGCGGACGCUCGGACCAUGAUUGAGCACGGACGCACCGAGUGUCAGUCCUAUACGUUCUCGUACAACGAGCCAAUGCCCGUCGAGAGCUGCACGCAGAGCCUCUGCGACCUCGCGCUGCAGUUCGGCGAGGACGGCGACGACGCCAUGAGCCGUCCGUUCGGCGUCGCGCUGCUGCUCGCGGGGCACGACAAGGAGCAGGGCCCCGUGUUGUACCACACUGACCCCUCCGGCACUUACAUCAAGUAUGACGCCAAGGCGAUCGGGUCGGGCUCGGAGGGCGCGCAGAACUCGCUGCAGGAGCAGUUCCGCGCGGACAUGUCGCUCAAGGACGCGGAGACGCUCGCGUUGUCGGUGCUGAAGCAGGUCAUGGAGGAGAAGGUCACUAGGGACAACGUGGACAUCGCGACGGUGGCGCCCAACUUCCACCUCUACACCGAGGACGAGGUGCAGACCGUCAUCGAGCGCCUGACGUAG